AUGUCAACAAGAGGUGGCUUCGUACGCCUCACAAUUCUGGUGACGGCGUCCCUCUUCGCGAUCCUCCUACUUCUAAGUGCCCUGCAGCGAACGGAUGAACUGAAGCCGACGACGAAUGGAUUAGGAGGAGAUUUGUUUGUGGCAAAGGUGACCCCACCACCGGUCCAUCACCUGGAAGAGCCCAUAAAAGAGGAGCUAGUGCGGCAGUUGGAACAAGAACUGCCAGAGGUGGACUAUGGGUUCUGGUACCAUUGGGCCAAGCCGAUGGUAUACCAAAAGAAUGCAACCUGCGCCCCCUAUCCCGAUCCCCUGGAUCUUCAGCUGCACAACACCUACUGGCAGACGUUUGUCAACUCAAAUGUGACCUUUCGCCUGUAUGCCGCCUAUUUCGACAGAAGGAAGGCAUUGAAGUUGCCCACGGUGAGGAUUUUGGUGACUGCCAAUCAGAUUGGCGAUAAAUUUCCACCCACCCACUGCCAAUUGUGGUACGAGGGAAUGCGGGAGCCCGUUUUCGUGGCCGUCACUGAGUUCCUGAGCGUUUGGGUGAAGGCGUGGGGCAGCAAGCGGUAUCUAAACUAUCCCCACCUGCUAAGUUGUCCGAUACCCAGAGAAUUGCCGCCAGGCGCUGUGGAAUCGCUGCCCCAAACGGUGUCACUCGUGUCGAGGAUCUGCGAUAAGGCGAGUAAUUCGUUGAGAGUAAAUGUUAAUCAGGCAGCGGCAGUGGUGACCCCUCAAAAUAUCACCAAGGGUCAUCAAAAUCUAACCGAGACUUCCCCCUUAAACUUUGGAGUUUGCCUCAAGGGCUUCGACUUUCCCUAUGUCGAUCUAUCGGAGCGACUGAUUGAGUGGUUCGAACUGCAGAGGAUUUUGGGGGCCUCCAGGAUCUACGCCUAUAUGUACGAUGUGCAUCCGGCGGUUCAAAGGGUACUCGAUUAUUAUCAGCGAACGGGAUAUCUGGAGCUGAGACCACUGACCCUGGCCAAUGGAAUACCCCGUUUGAGGCACUACCAGCAUAUGCUGCUUCAGCAGCGAAAGCAGGAGAAGCGAUUGAACGAGCUGAUACCCUACAACGAUUGCUUCUACAGGAAUCUAUAUCGUCACGAUUAUCUGGUGAAUGUGGAUGUGGAUGAGGUGAUAAUGCCGCUGGGUGAGAAUCGCAAUUGGGAUCAGUUGGUGCAGAGGGCUCACGAAAUGGAAGUGAAGAAGGGUGGCAAAUGUGCUGGACGCUUUCCCGCCCUGUGCUUCAUCAAUACGUACUUUACAAAGGUCGCUUCCGAGAUGAGUAAUCACGAGGAGCAGGCCAUUGCCGGGGAGCUCUUCGUACUGCAACACACUCAAAGGUUUAAAAACUACUCUUUACCUGGUAGAGCCACCAAGUGCUUUCACAACGCUCGUCUCUCGUUGACGCUGCACAAUCACUUUACGCUGAAAUGGCUGCCCGGCGGCUGUAAUCCCCGCACUGUGGACACAUCGGUGGCCCAGAUGCAGCACUAUCGGGAGCCGGAUAAGCAGUAUAACCUCACCGAUCUCGUCGAGGAUCGCAGCGUGUGGAAAUUUGCCACCGAACUGCGUUCAGCAGUGGAGCAGGUGUGGCUCCAUCUGGACGAUGUGCUGGUGCAGGCCCAAAUCGGCGAUCCCGAGGAGCAGCUCGAGCUGGAGUCACUCGACCAGGAGGGCGAUGAGCUGGAGCAACAGCCUCUUCCGCAAUUUCCACUAGCUCCGCCGCAGCCGCCCGUUUCUUAG